AUGGAUGAAGAAGAUGAGGAAACUGGAUUAGAUGGUGGUCAACAAUAUGAUACUCCAAACGAUAUCCAACCGCCAACUACACAACCUGGUGAUGGUUCCAAGAAAGUGGAUGAGCAAGAGGUGGAAGAAGAGAGUGACCAAGUUGGAAUGGACAAUGUGGAGGAUGACGAGUCCAAACAGCAGCAAGAUGCUAAACAAGGUGCACCUGUAUAUAUGGACCAGGACCAGGAUGAGGAUGAUGGUACGGCUCAAUCACUUGACAAAGAAGAUGACUCGGCCAAGUCCAGGGAGGAGAGCUCAAUUGAAAAGUUGAAACAAAGGUUGGCAAGAGACAAGAUAAAUAGAGAGGAGGAGUCAGAGUUGUAUAAAAAGGUUGUGAAGCAAUUUAGACAAGAGAGGAUUAUUGUGGAGAAUCUAUCAUUGGCCAAGGACUCGUGGAAGACUGAUUAUGGAUAUGCUGCUACACCUUGGCAUCCUGGCUACGUCCCACCCCACCCAUCAAAGUGGGACAACCUAUUCCUCAACAACACGUGGAAGAGCGAUCCCCGUAGCAAUCCAUUCCUGUUGCCCAAGCCACACAUCUUUAUACAUAUUCCCAAGACUGGCGGCACAUCACUCAUCGAGAUAUUCCGCAUGAAUGAGGACCCUGAUCGCUUCUUCCACAUCGAUGGACAUCCUGCAGUGCGCGACCUGGACACAGUCAAGCGAUCAGAUACGAUAUUUGGUCAUAUUCAUUAUGGACUACAUCAUUACUUCCAUGAGAUGGACCCUGAUAGGAUACCAGACAACGCAUUUGGUUUAAACAAGUACUCAUAUAUGACGAUGUUCCGUGAGCCAGUCGAUCGUAUCAUCUCACACUACUUCUACCUACGAGACAAUGUCCAACAUCCACUUCAUUCCAUCGCCAACGCCUUCAACAUCACCGAUUGGGUAAAACGAACACCCAUCGCUGACAACGAACAAACUCGUCGUAUCCUUGGACUCAGCCGCACCGAUUCAUUCGACGAAGAGUCACUCGAGAUCGUCCUUCAUCACAUGAAAUAUGCCAUCAAGUUUGUUGGAUUGACUGAACGAUUUGAAGAGUCGAUGGUAUUGAUGUCCCAUUACACUGGAUUCAAGGAUAUUAAGUAUGUGAGGGAGAACAUUGGUGUCCAACGUAAUAAGGUUGUUGUGGAGGAGUGGGUACGCGAGUACAUCCGCCAAAAGAACUGGAUGGAUAUGAUCAUCUAUCAAAAGGCCAAAGAGAUCUUUGAGAAACAAGUAGAGACCAUCGGCUACGAUUACAUCCAAGCAGAACUAGCUCAUUUCCGGAAGACCAAUAACUUGGAUACCACCACCUCAACCUCGUCCAACAAGUGA